AUGAGGCUAACGGAUUGUCUGAGAGACUUUAAGAAAGUUGGAGAACUGACGAAGAAGUACGCUAAUUUCCCGGAUUCGUACAUCAAGCGUAGCAUGGAAAAGGUUGUAUGGAAAACUCCACAAAACAAUCCUCGUUACUUGCCAAGGACUGUCAAAAAGAAAAAAUAUCAUUUUUCCGAACACAGGCCUUGGUCGAUGCCAUUUGGUAGUCAAAACAAUUUUGGCGAUUUAAAGCCAAAAGUAUUUUUGGAACCGAUCAAAGAAUGGUCAAUUUUUAAAGGAGACAGGGUUGAAAUUUUAGUUGGACCUGAUAAGGGAAAGCAGGGAAUUGUUGGUCAUGUGAUUCAAGAACGCAAUUGGGUGAUUGUCGAUGGUUUAAAUUGUGAAAUAGAAGAAGUUGCUCACUAUAAAGGGCACUUGUCAAUGGUUCAAAUGAAAGAAAUUCCACUAUUAGUCACUAGUGAGGUGUCAUUAGUAGAUCCAUCAGACUUGCAAGGUUGUACUGUUGAAUGGAGAUUUACGGAGAGUGGUGAUAAAGUUCGGGUGUCUUCCAGAAGUGGAAAGAUAAUUCCAAUUCCAUCAUUAGCAAAGCAAACUUAUGAUUACAAGACACCGAAUACUUAUAAAGAAUCUGAAAAAGAUACUACAGGAGACGAUAUAAAAAAAAUAACUUUUUUACCUCUAUUGAAAACAUUUGAAAUGGAUAUAAUGGAUGAAAUGGAUAUCAAAGAAGAUAGAGUUCCAGCUCCAACUUAUUGGUAUUGA